GGUCAGAGCCCCUGAUUCCAGCGCAAAUAUUUCCCGCCUCCUCCGGCGUGUGCUGCGCGCGCGGGUCGACGUUGCGCAUUUAACGCUUUCCACAUAUGCGGAAUACUCAGUCUCCCUAAAAGAAGUAGGGGUCACCUCCUGAGUUUGGACUACUCGAGCCAUUCUGAGGAGAUUAUAUUCCUUUGGAGAAAGGAUACAAGAGCCAAAGAGGGGAAAGUGCGCUGGCUGCUAUAAGUGUUGAUCAUGCCGCGGAGCCCCAUGUCCAGCGAGGAGGAAAUGGCUCAGAGUUUCUCUGACUCGGCGAGUUCAGAUUCCGACAGCUCCAGAGACGAGUCUCCCAGGCUGGAUCGACCUACCGGUGGCCGACUGGACAACAACCUGAGAGACACGCUGCUGAUCUGUGUUGUCAUCCCUGACCUGCAACAGUCUAAAUCCAUGAGGUUCAAUUCUGAUGCCACAGUAUGGGUUGCCAAGCAACAGAUCCUGUGUACGCUCACACAGAGUCUGAGGGAUGUGCUGAACUAUGGGCUGUUCCAGCCUGCGGUGGAUGGGAGAGAGAGCGGUUUCCUGGAGGAGGAAAGACCCCUGAGAGAUUAUCCGCUGCCCACCAACAAGGGCGUUCCUACCCUUGAGUUCCGUUAUAAGAGCAGAGUGUACCAGCAGCCAAACGUCAACGAAAAGCAGAUCGAGAAACUCCACACGCAGGUCAACCUGAGAAAAUUUAUGGAAUACAUCCAACAUCAUCAGGUGGACAAAGUCACCAAGCUGUUGGAGAGAGGGUUGGACCCCAACUAUCAGGACUCGGAAACUGGUGAGACGCCGCUAACUCUCGCGGCCCACCUGGACAAUAUGGUCGAGGUUAUAAUGACGCUGAAAAAUGGCGGAGCCCAUUUAGAUUUCCGUUCUCGGGAUGGAAUGACUGCCCUCCAUAAAGCUGCCAGGGCUAAGAAUCAGAUCGCUCUUAAGGCGAUGCUGGAUUUGGGUGCGUCUCCGGACUACAAAGACAGUCAGGGUUUGACUCCUCUCUACCAUACGGUAACCGUUGGGGGAGACCCCAGCUGCUGCGAGGUACUCCUGCGUGCCCACGCGAGCGUCGGAUGCCACGAUGAAAACGUCUGGCACGAAAUCCACCAGGCUUGCCGAUACGGCCACGUUCAACACCUGGAGCAUCUCUUGUUUUACGGCGCAGACAUGCGAGUUGAAAAUGCAUCUGGUAAUACGGCGCUUCAUAUCUGCGCCCUGUACAAACAGGAGAAGUGUGCCAAGGUUCUUCUGGUCCGCGGAGCCAGCAAAGACGUCAAGAACCAGCGUGGACAAACGCCCUUUCAGGUGGCCAUUAUUGCUGGAAAUUUUGAGCUUGCAGAAAUCAUAAAGAAUCACAAAGACACGGAUAUUGUGCCUUUUCGGGAGGCACCGGCAGGCACUGGUCGCAGCAGGCAGCUGCAGCAGACUCCCCCGCAGCACCAGGGCAGGAACACUCUGGCCGCCCCCCGCGUGCUGCUCCGCUCUAACAGCGACAACAACCUGAACGUCAACAAGCUCCCGCCGGACCGCUCGCGCUCACCCUCACCCCUGCGCAGCCUCUUGCCCCGCCACCCCCAGCAGAUGCAGAACAGCCCUAAUGGCACAGUGAAUACCAUGGCCCGGGGGGGACGCUCACCCCGAAGCCGUUCCCCUUCCCUGGGACGGCUAGGGGAGGGAGAUACCCGGAGACAGACCCCCCAGCGCCACAGCAGGGACGCCUACUCCGGUAUGGACACCCCAGGGUCCAAACGCAAGCUGUAUAGUGCUGUGCCAGGACGACACUACGUGGUGGUGAAGUCUUACCAACCACAGGCAGAGGGGGAAAUCGCUUUAUACAAGAAUGACAGAGUCAAAGUUCUCAGUAUUGGAGAAGGAGGAUUCUGGGAAGGCAGCGCUCGAGGGAAUGUAGGCUGGUUCCCAGCGGAAUGUGUGGAAGAGAUCCCAAGCAAACCCGAGGACAGGCCCUAUGCUCGGGCGGACCGGUCAGAGAGGCGAAAGCUCUUUCGACACUACACUGUGGGAUCUUAUGACAGUUUUGAUGCAUCAAGCGACUGCGUUAUCAACGAAAAGACGGUCGUGCUGCAGAAGAAGGAUAACGAGGGAUUCGGUUUCGUGCUGCGAGGGGCUAAAGCUGAUACACCCAUUGAGGAGUUCACACCCACUCCGGCCUUCCCUGCUUUGCAGUAUUUGGAGUCCGUGGAUGAGGGUGGGGUGGCAUGGAAAGCUGGUCUAAGGACGGGAGACUUCCUCAUAGAGGUGAACCAGGAUAAUGUUGUCAAAGUGGGCCACAAACAAGUAGUCAACAUGAUCCGUCAUGGCGGCAACCACUUAAUCAUCAAGGUUGUGACAGUCAGUCGAAAUCUGGACCCUGACGACACAGCUCGAAAGAAAGCGCCUCCGCCACCACGGAGGGCUCCCUCCACAGCCCUGUCCAUGCGUUCAAAAUCUAUGACCUCAGAGCUAGAAGACCUAGAUAAAGUGGAUGAAGUCGUGCCCCCUCAGAAGCCCACGUGGGACAACUCAAACGCCGACGUGAGGGUUGCGACGAUCAAACCACGUCCGAAUAGCAAGUGUUUUGCCGUCAGCCCUGAAAUGAAUUCUCUCUGCAAUAGUCAGGAUACAGCAGUAGACUCGCCGCUCCCGCCAAGUAGUCUUAGAGGUCCCUACCUGGGUGUACCAAAGGGAACUAUACGACGGCAAACAUCUAUAGGAGUAACCGAAGAAGAGAAGCAGUUCCUCACUCCUCCAAUGUUGAAAUUUACAAGAAGCCUUUCAAUGCCUGACACAUCCGAAGACAUUCCACCCCCACCAGCCAUCUCUCCUCCAUCUCCACCUCAUAAUAAUGCUCCCGUCCCAGCCGGUCGAGGAUACGGCACCAUCAGACCAGGCUUUACUUCUCAGAGUCCUAAUGCAAACAGCACAGCCCCUGACAGAGGUGAGGGGGCUGGGUGGAGAGAUCAGGGCACGUAUUACAGAGACAAUCCCGAACAGUACGAAUCUGAAGGGUACAACCACAGUCCAACAGCCCAGCAGAGUCUUCACAUGCGUCGUGCCCAUAUCCCGGAGAACCCUUACUCGGAUGUGGGAAAGAUAGGUCAGGCCGGACUGUUUGUACCCAACAAGCCUGCCAGAAGGAAGGGCAUGCUUGUGAAACAGUCCAACGUGGAGGACAGUCCUGAGAAGACGUGCUCCAUACCGAUUCCAACCAUAAUAAUUAAAGAGCCAUCCACCAGCAGCAGUGGGAAGAGCAGCCAGGGAAGCAGUAUGGAAAUUGAGACAACCACGCCGGACCACCCGGGACAACUGCGUCCUGAAGACGGUCCAGGUAGUCCCUUUGCAGCUGCAAUCGCCGGUGCAGUCAGAGACAGGGAGAAGAGGCUUGAUGCUCAUCGAAACUCCCCGUCUUUCAAGUCCACAGAUGCAGGUGACGAGGACGUGGCACCUACACCGGCCCCACGUCUCCGACACUCAAAGUCUAUCGAUGAGGGCAUGUUUAGCAGUGAUGAGCGGCUACGUAGGCUCAUGGCACCUCCCUCGUCCCUGCUUAGCAUUCCCAGAGGCGGUGGCAAUGUGACGGACUUCAACAGCCCUGAGCCUACCAUGGUACGGGAGCUAUUGAACACACGCACAGGACACAGCCCAAUCAGUCUGCCUGCUCACAAGACCUACAGCUCAGGAAGUGGAAAUUACGUUCACCCGGUCACAGGCAAACCGCUAGAUCCCAAUUCGCCAUUAGCUUUAGCAUUAGCUGCCAGAGACAGAGCCAUGAGGGAGCAAUCACAGCCUCUUCCGCUAAAGAGCGACCUAUCCAAACUCGAUCUCAAUAAACCGCUUUUCAUCGACACUAAGCUUAGACCAAAUGUGGAAGUUGGCUUCUCAAGAACCGCCACCAUGGGACGACCCCGCGGGGGCCUGCGCAGACAGAUGACGGAGUCCAAAUACGAGACGGAAUCCAAGUACCAGCUCGAUCUGGGCAAGCCUGAGAAGAGGCCGGAGGAGAAGAAAAACAUGCUGAUCGACAUUGUGGAUACCUCGCAGCAGAAGUCAGCUGGUCUGUUGAUGGUACACACCACAGAUGGGGUAAAAUCAGAGGAUAACAGCUUGUCUGAGGGCGACAGGGAUGAGGCAGUGAGUCCCGACAACACCCCCGGGGAGCUUCGCGACCCCAACCAGCCAGCUCCCGCCAACCCCCCUCCUCCCAAGCCGCUGUCAGCUGCUCCGCAUGGCAAGACCAUCAUAACUGUUAGCUCAGUGGAUGAGCCUGUCAAGCUUCCCUUCGGCAUUCCUCCACCGCCCUUGGCCUCUGUUGACAUCGAUGAGGAGUUUGUGUUUGCUGAACCCCUGCCACCCCCACUGGAGUUCGCCAACAGUUUCGACAUUCCCGAAGACCAGGCGGGGUCUAUAGCUGAGCUUCUGAAACAGAAAGCAAAUGGCACAAAAGGGCCUUCACUCGCUCCAUACUAUCCCACUUUAGGUUCAGAAAUCAAAAGACCAACGGUCCUUACAAACUGCACGCCUCCCAGUUUCCCUCCUGGGCCGUUAGAGCCCUACGAACAAAUCACUGACUCGGGCAUCGAGGUUGACAGCCGGAGCAGCGGCGACCCUCAGCUGGAGACCACCAGCACCAUCUCCACUGUGUCCAGCAUCUCCACCUUGUCUUCUGAAGGAGGUGAGACCCUAGACACUUGCACCGUCUAUGCAGAUGGACAAGCCUUUCUGGUGGACAGGGCUCAGAUCCUGUCCAAACCAAAACCCAAACCUGCCAUCAAGAGCAAUGCACUUUACAAGGACGCUUUGCCCGAGGAGAACGUCAGCUCUUUCAGACUUCCCUCCUCAGUCCCACCUCCGUCCCCUGGAAGUAUUCCGCCGGAACCCUUGAAAACUCCAACGCAACGAACCUCAAAACUAUGGGGCGACCCUCCAGAGAUGAAAGGCCCCCAUGGCCCUGAAGCCAAGUCCCCUGGAAUGGGGGAGAUGAAUUCAGUUCUGCAGCAUGUGAACAAGGACCAAGCACCAAAGCCAGGGGAAGCAUUAGACUCUCCGACAGGAACCAGGACUCACUUUGGAAUGAGAAAUCAGGAUGGUGUAUCACUCAUCUCAGGUACACAGCAGAACAACACCAUUACCUUCACUGCCCAGCCUGGCCCCAAUGUGCCUGCCCCGUCGCUGUGCCAUCAGGCCGAGAGCCUGCCUCCCCAUCAGCGCUCCCCAAGCCCGAUCAUGUCCCCUCCGGACUCCGGCCUCAGUUGUGCCUCUUCCCUCCCGACCUCGGUCACUUCCCCAACUAUGACGGACGUCUUUGGUCUACCUACGCCACCCCUCAGCCUGGGCACAGGGCGUAGCCGCUCGCCUUCUCCGCUCACCCUCAUCCAAGCCGCCUCGAAUAAGCCCUUCGCCACCAAACCCGUCCUCAUGUGGAGCAAGCAGGAUGUGGCCGACUGGCUGGAGAGCCUAAACCUGGGCGAGCACAGGGACGCCUUUAUGGACAACGACAUCGAGGGCAGCCACCUGCCCAACCUGCAAAAGGAGGAUCUGAUCGAUUUGGGCGUUACGCGCGUGGGCCACAGAAUGAACAUUGAACGGGCGCUAAAAGUACUCUUGGAUAGAUGAGACUGGGUGAGACAUCCUUACCUGGACUCGGCGCUUCUUGUUCAUAAGCUUUGUUUUCCUCUUCCCUUAUUUUGGUUCAAUUAUUUUGAAACUUUGUUGUCCUAUCAUGCUUUUCGGUGGAUUUUAGGAACUCUUACAUCCUGAAGAAACUCAAGCGUUCGAAUAUCCGCGCAAGCACAAGCGGUUCCCUACGUUUCUGUUCCAAGAGCUCCAGCACCAGAAAGGACAUUGAAGCCAACACACUGUAUGGAAUCUACAAAUAUGAGCUGACUGUCCUUUGGCUUUUCAGGACUUUGGCCUCCUUUGAAUGCACUGAAACCAGCAGAGCUGGGAAUCCAUUUUCUAUCUUUGCUAAGACAAUUCUACAGAGAAUAUUUCUUCAGGAAAAAAGGGAACCUUUGUCUAUGUAUAAGCUGCCUAUGAAAUAUCUUGCUUUUUCUCCUACACCUUUGACCGGGAGGUACACGAAUCUCUGAGACGCGAUUGGCGGGCAUUCAGAUGUCCCUCAGUUCCAGGAAUGGGUCGCUUGAAACACAAAGGUCAAUACUCCCUACGUGCGAACAAACGUAACAGUAGCAAGCAGCAGGUCUCUCCACCAUCUUUAAUCUUUUGAGUCUUUGAAUACGCUAACAUUAGGUUGUUUGUCUGAACGAUCGAAAUUUUCCUUGGGUCUUUUUGAAUUGUGGUUUACUAUUAGGUGUCUUCCAUAUGGUAAGGAGGUCUAGGUAUUCCCACCGACAUUUUAUUUGUACCUUCGAUCAACGCUCGAUUGCGCUGCUCGGUGUUGCCAGUCACUAUUAUUUUCCAGCUAUUAUUUUUAUAAUGGAACUACAUCAACGUCUUCACGGGAGCACGCAAGAGUUUUGCUUUUUUAACAGAAGUAUCGAGGUUUUAUUGAAAAAAAGUGACUUGUUUUGUUAACCGGUUCAUCUUUGAGUUGAACGCUGACACAAUCACUUUAAAUUGGCCAGUAUGUAUCUGAGUUUUGCUUUAAAUGUGACACCUUCUUAAUGAGUUGAAUCAUUUUAUUUAUCUAUGAAUUUAUUUAUUGCGUAACUAUAACUCGCUAGAUCGGAUUGUUGGAUGGCAUAAAGAAUCGUGUAGAGCGCUACAGGAAACCUCCUUAAUCUAUACAUAUCAAUGUCGUCAAUUGUAACUGAUACAGGAUGUGACUUCAUAUCUGUAAAUGGUUGAGUAAUAUUAGGUUUAAAAUUUGAUUUCUUCUGGAUUUUCUUUAGUUCCCUCAACAAACAUCAAGUGGGUUAACAAAGCAAACACUCACUUAACUAGUUCCAAAUCAAAGUGCUUUAAGUCAAUUUUGUUUGUUCUGCAGUCCGUCUGAUCGAAGUGGGAAAGGUUUUUUGCUUUCAAAUGACGUUUUUUUUUAUUUCAUCUAUGUAACUGCAACGUGUGCCUAUCUGUGUUACAAUUUGACACACCACAACAUUUUCAGAUCAUCUCAAAGUUAAUCAGAAUAUUAAUUUUCCCAUUCUCAAAGAUUUUCUAAAAUCAUUGGACUCUAGAUAAAAUCCCACAGCUGUUUAAAUAUUCCAUAGGUAUGGAAUACGACUGGAGGUACAUUUUCAUAUUUGUGAUAAAUGUUGAACCAUAUUUUAUCAGACACAAAGAGACAGCCAGCAGUACACAUUUCACCUUCAGUAUAAAGUUUGAAGCACUGUGGGUAAUGGCCGAACUGAGGAGAAACCGAUACGUGUUGAGAAUGCCUGUGAAUGAAACAAGUAUGCAGUGAAGAGAUUCAGAAAUAAAAAUUAUAUAUAUAUAUAUAUAUAUAAAAAUAUAUAUAUGUUUGCUUUUCUCUCGACCUUAGAGAAUUUAGUUAUCAUCUCUAUAUAACUUAUUUUAGGAAACAGCACAGUAUUUUAAAGAUUUAUAGAAAUAUUUAUGAAAUUUUUAUGACAUUUAACUCUGAUAUGUGGUGUGCCAAAAAUCUAUGUGGUAUCAGUUAAAAAGCAAUACACAAAAACUUAAAGAACACUGUUUGGUCCUUCUUUGCCAGUAUUCCACAGUACAGUAUAUAAUAUAAUGAAAAGAAAUCUACAUAUACAUAGGUCUCAGUGAAUUAGAAGAUAUGAAAAUAAUGAGGUUAUGGCUGUCACCUGCUUCUUUUAGACAAUGUAAUUAAAGAAUUUCAAAUGUAGAUUUGUGUGGUGUGUGUACUUGACGAUUUCAACGAGAACGUAUUUUCAGGCCACUUACACCAUAUGAUGUCUGCGAACAUUUCCACCAGAAAUAAACAAAUGCCAUGGCACUGAAUUGUGUGUAAACAGAAUUCUGAAGUGAAAAUGCAUUUUCUAUACGUUUUCAGAAGGUCCUGUCUAAUUUGAGUUGGACUAUGAUUUUUCAUUAGUUGUCUCUCACACACUUCCUGUGAGGAAUGCAUUCACUUGAUCUAUGUUGCUGUAAUUUUGUGCUCAAAAUAGAAUUCGUGAUUAAAAUCAAAGAGAGAAGUUUUGUGACUGCACUUUCCUCAAACCCCUCAAUACGUAUGUAUGGACAAAACCAAAUUUACGGGAAUAAAUAAAUACAAUUGCACAAUCUGUUGUUGAACUCAUGUAGCUCAUUUUCCUUCCAUGU